AUAAUUGUAUGUAUUGUAAAAUGGAAAACAAAGGAGUUGAUGUAAAUUAGUUAUAAGUAGUGGAGUAAUGUAUAAAUAUUGAAUAAAACAUGAUAGAUAUAGUCAUUAAAUGUAAACAGGUUUCAUUGUGUAUUUUUUUAUUUUUAUAUGUAUAUUCAUCAAAAUAAACAAUACAAUUUUGUUUAAACUUAGUUUUUAAUUUUGUUUAAAUUUAGUUUGAAUAAAAUAUGAAAAGCUUAAAAGUAUUAGAGUUAUAUAGUGGAAUAGGAGGCAUGCAUUUUGCUUUAAAAGAAAGCAAGAUUUCAGGAGAAAUAAUUGCAGCUGCGGACAUAAAUACUGUUGCUAACUCUGUAUAUAAAUACAAUUUUCCCAAUUGUCAUCUUAUUGGAAAAAAUAUUCAGUCUUUAACUGCAGAUUUUAUUGAUAAACUUGAAAUUGAUGUUAUUCUCAUGAGUCCACCAUGUCAACCUUUUACCAGAGUGGGAAAAAAAAGAGAUAUUAACGAUAAGAGGAGCGAUUCAUUGCUGAGCUUAAUUAAAAUAUUUCCACAACUGAAAUCAUUGAAAAUGGUUUUAUUAGAAAAUGUGACUGGUUUUGAGGUUUCUGAGGCCAGGAAUCUCUUGACGGAAGUGCUUAAAAACUCAUUCACAUUUCUGGAAUUCAUUUUGAAUCCAGUACAGUUUGGUAUCCCAAAUAGCAGAGAAAGAUACUAUCUGCUUGCUAAACGCCACCCAUCUGAAUUUGUUCAGCUACCUUAUGAAGCAUUGAUAACUGAUGCAAAAUUAUUAACGAAUUAUGAAACUAAACAGCAAAUAAUAAAAGAUAUUUUGGAGUUUAAUGAUGACUCUGAUGAAUAUAAUAAAUAUUUGGUACCAUUAGAUGUGUUGAAAAAAAGGAUCAAAGUAAUGGAUAUUGUAACAAAGACAUCUAAUCGUUCAUGUUGUUUUACUAAAGCAUACAGUCGUUUUACUGAAGGUACAGGAUCAGUUUACUGCCCACAUGAUGAAUCAGUAAUAGAACGAAUAUCUGACAUCAAAAAUAUAUGUGAGACAGAAGUAAAUAUUAACUUAUUGGAGGAUCUACAAUUAAGAUUUUUCACGCCCAAAGAAGUUUCUAGGCUUAUGUGCUUUCCUGAAAACUUUUUAUUUCCAGAAGAAAUCACUUUAAGACAAAAAUACAAACUACUAGGAAACAGCAUCAAUGUCUUUGUUGUUUCAAAGCUAAUUAAUUUGAUGACAAUAAAUUCAUAAUUGAAUAAAGCUUUUUUAUGUUUCUUA